AACAGCCCACACAGCUGCCGGCCUGGGGAUACAGGACAGUCCUGUCCCUCUCGUACCUCCCCUUGCUGGUGAUUGUUUCUACCGGCAGCUGGAACCAUGGGAGGCAGCAGUGGCAGCGGUGUCUUUCUUGUGCUGUAUGUCUUUGUACUGACCCUGUCAGGAGGUGAAUCCCAGGACUCUGGGGCCUGUGCCCGGUGGUGCCCUCCAAACUCCGUAUGUGUCAACGCCUCUGCCUGUCGCUGCAAGCCAGGAUUCAGUCCCUUAUUUAAGGAGAUCUUCAGUGACCCCACAGACAAUUGUGAUGACAUCAACGAGUGUAUGUCACCCAGGAGGAUGGACUGUGGAAAAUUUGCAGACUGCCACAAUGUGGAAGGGAGCUACUACUGCGCGUGCAUCCCAGGAUUUGGGCUCACUUCCGGGGCUAAACGUUUCCAGAAUAAGAGUGAGAACACAUGUCAAGACGUGGACGAGUGUCAGCAGAGCCCCAGAGUCUGUAAAAGCCAUGGCAUCUGCAGGAACACCCCAGGCAGCUACACCUGCCAGUGCCUACCUGGCUUUGUGCUCAAACCAGAGGACCCAAAGCUGUGCACAGACGUGAAUGAAUGCACCUCUGGACAAAACCCUUGCCACAACUCCACCCACUGUCUCAACAAAGUGGGCACCUAUGAGUGCCGCUGCCGCCCGGGCUGGAAGCCGAUCCCUGGGUCUCCUAACGGCCCAAACAACACCAUCUGUGAAGACAUGGAUGAGUGCAGCUCUGGGCAGCAACCGUGCCAUGAGUCUGCUGUCUGCGUCAACACGAUGGGCUCAUACACAUGCCGCUGCCGCCCAGGCUGGAAGCCGAAAGCGAGGGUCCCAAACACCCAAAAGAGCCCUGUCUGUGAAGAGUUACCCUUCACCAAUUUGACCUUGCCCCUGGGUGUCAACAGCCAGGCUCUUUCCCGCUUCUUCAACAAAGUCCAGGAUCUCAGUAAAGACUUGGAGUCAUACUCAGACAAAGACACCAUCCAGAACUUCAUCAGGUUGGUGGAUGAGCUGAUGGAAGCCCCUGGGGACAUGGAGAACCUGGCCCCACACGACCAGCACUACAUAGUCACUUGGCUGCUCUUCACCCUUGAAGAAGUGCUGAGGGCCUUGGCCAAGACCAUGCCUCAAGGGCCUUUCACCUACUGUUCUCCUUCAAACACAGAGCUGUCCCUGCUAAUCCAGGAGCAGGGGGACAAGAAUGUCACCAUGGGCCAGAGCCAUGCACGGAUGCUGCUGAACUGGGCUGUAGCAGCUGGAGCCAGGGACUCAGGCCCCACUAUGGCCGGCAUCUUCUCCAGUCAGAACAUGGUAAAACUGCUGGCCAAUGCCUCUUUGGACCUGGAUCCCGAGAAGCAAGCCCAGCUGGAAUUGAACUAUGAAAGACCUGUUCGUGGUGCCCAGGUCCAGCUCUACUCAGCCGUGAACUCUGUCUUUCUUAGCAACACCAACACUGAGAAACUGGCCUCUCCCAUCACUUUCGCCUUCUCCCACUUGGUGAGCCCUCAGGACAAGAUGCCUAAGCAGAAGCAUCAAGAGCUCAUCUGUGCCUUCUGGAAGAGAAACAGCAAUGGAAGUGGGCACUGGGCAACCAUGGGCUGCCAGAAGAUGGGCAGCCAGAAUAACAGCACCACCUGCCAAUGCCACCACCUGAGCAGCUUUGCCAUCCUCAUGGCACACUAUGAUGUGCAGGAUUGGAAGCUGGCCUUGAUCACUAAGGUGGGACUGGUGCUGUCGUUGAUCUGUCUGCUGCUGUGCAUUCUUACCUUCCUACUGGUGCGGCCCAUCCAGGGCUCACGCACCACCAUACAUCUGCACCUCUGCAUCUGCCUCUUCGUGGGCUCCGCCAUCUUUUUGGCCGGCAUCGAGAAUGAAAGUGGAGAGGUGGGGCUGCGCUGCCGCCUGGUGGCCGGGCUGCUGCACUACUGCUUCCUGGCCGCCUUCUGCUGGAUGAGCCUGGAAGGACUGGAGCUCUAUUUCCUCGUGGUGCGGGUGUUCCAGGGCCAGGGCCUCAGAACCCGCUGGCUCUGCCUGAUUGGCUAUGGCGUGCCCCUAUCUAUCGUGGCCAUCUCGGUGGCCUCUUAUAAGGAGGGCUACGGCCGCCAGAGUUUCUGCUGGUUGGACUUGAGCCAUGGCUUCCUCUGGAGCUUCCUGGGACCUGUGACCUUCAUCAUUUUGUGCAAUGCUGUCAUCUUUGUGACUACCAUCUGGAAGCUCACCCAGAAGUUUUCUGAAAUCAAUCCAGACAUGAAGAGAUUAAAGAAAGCCAGGGUGCUGACCAUCACUGCCAUUGCCCAGCUCUUUGUGUUGGGCUGCACCUGGGUCUUUGGCCUGUUCAUCUUGGAGGAGGCAAACUGGCUGUGGGCCUACAUCUUCACCAUUCUCAACUGCCUGCAGGGCCUCUUCCUCUACGUGCUACAUUGCCUGCUCAACAGAAAGGUGCGGGAGGAAUACCAGAAGUGGGCCUGCCUAGUCACUGGGAACAAGUACUCAGAGUUCACCUCUUCCUCGUCUAACACAAGCCACAAUCAGACAACUCGGGCCCUCAGGGCGUCAGACUCUGGUAUGUGAAUCCCAUGGUUCUGGCAACAGGUAACAGCACCUGCAGGCUCAGCAGCUUUUGCACUGAGGAACAUCCUUUUCUCCUACUCUGCACCCUCCACCCUCUCUUCUUGAGGCCACCCUUAUACAGAGAGGGGCAGCAGCUGUACUCUGGCACCAAACCCCAGAACCCCCAGUAAGAUGGAAAGUCAGCACCACCAGUUCUACUUCCAGCUGCCUCUCUGCCCCACCCUAGCUGUGCCCCAGGGUGGAUAGGUGCUGACCCAGGGCUGCAGCCCAUCACCCUGGUACAUGUGGCCAGUACAGUGGACAGACUGAGGGCUGUUGCCCUAGCCUGGCUUCCUCCUAUCUGUCUUUGCCCUGGAACAAGAAGCCAAAGCACUGGGCUUCAACUUCUCUCUUAAGCUAAGACUGAUGUCAGAGGCCCGCGGGGACAAGGUCCCUGCCUAAGACUCACGGUACAGAGGCCUGCCUGCCUCAGAACAGCAGGUUCUCAUUGUUUUGAAGGUUGUGGACAUUGUGUACUAUGUUUUUAAUCUGUAUGAACCUUUCGAUGUUGAUACUUAAAAUUAAAUAACACAUGCUUACAGAA